CUGGAUUUCCUCAACCAGGUCUCCCCCCUGGUUUUGCAUUCAAGGUGUCUGUCUGCCUCCCUCUCCCCCCCCGCCAUGCAGGGUUCAAUAUUUAGAACGCCGACUGAUUUCGGGCCUACGAGUCUAUACUGAGAAGAGAACAUGGAGAGGAGACUUCGAUGCCAGGGGGAUCCAAGGGGUCGGUCCAAGGUUGUCCAAGGCUGUCCAAAUGGGUCCAAUGGUAGUUCAGCCGCCAAUUAUCUCUAGAACGAGUUAACGUCGGAAAUUUUCCAGAAGUAGUUUACUGCGUAUAUCGCUUCGCUUUGAGGGUCCCUUGCACGGUAGCAAUCGACGUCUUCAGACCUCCAGCAGCACGCAUAGGGCUAGUUAUUGGCUGGGAGGAGGCUGAUGCGACAGCUUGACAACAAACUGGUUAUCAACGCGUUGAGUGCUUGGGUCUGCUUCGAUUAACACAGAUAUUUAGGAUGGCAGACAUAUGCAAAAUCCUCAUAUAUCGGAUGUCCAAGGAUACUUACUUCUCCUAUUCCCGCAUACCAAUAGCAGCUGAGAGUUAAACCGACUGACUGGGGAGAUAAAAGCCUCACUUCAGCUAUCUUGACAGCAAGUACCCCGUAGUUAAAUAUCUCGUCCCGUGCCGUCCGCCGAAAAGACAAGUAGUAUUAUUAAUUAAUCAGUCGGGGACAUCUGUUAGUUAUCAUACAGGAUCAAGGUCAAGUAGGUUUCUGUAAUUCGUUGAUUUGUGCGCAGGAAGAGGUGGACGUUCUUUGUACCAGAUGUUGUUGUUCAUUCCGCAUUCGGGUAACUAGCACAUAUCAUCAUCCAACCUCUCUUCUUCUUCUUCUUCUUCUUCUUCUUCUUUUUCUUCUUCUGUACAUCAACUAUCAACUCCCACUCCCAUUCUUUCUUCAUCACGAUAGAACCCCGGCCGAAGUGUUAAAACCCUCGAUGGUUACCAUGAAUGCUACCCCUAGGGCUGGGAUACAAGGCCGGCAGCCGGCUUUAGGGGAGAUAUUUAAAACAUGGCGCUAGGGAUGGCACCACCACCCCCACCGAGUAGCCUAUGUACGGGCGUACGCUGGGUAAGUGACAAAAUGCUCGGCGCCUUGAAUUUGCCCGUAUCGAUUGUUAUUUGACUGGAUCGUGGCGCCCUGGGCCUCCCUGAUAAUGAAAGUCUGCUCGUCCUGAAAUCUCGCAUCUCGGGGAAAGACAAGUGCUGGCACUUGAACAAACAGUGCCUCCUCUGCUUUAGCCAUCAUAUUAUCCAGAGCCACUGCUAUCUAGAAGAAUAUUGCGAGAAGAAUAUUGCGAGACAAAAGCCUAUUCGCACACUAUUUGACCAUGGAGAACCCAAAUGGUGGCGGUGUCAAAAUGAACAAAACCUGCGACCAGUGUAGGCAGCGAAAGAUUCGGUGCAUCGUUCCCGAAACGCCGUCGGGUUCGCAACCUAGGUGCACGUACUGCAUAAAACGGGGAAUUCCCUGCUAUUUCAGCGUUUUUCGCCGCAAGGCCCGGUUCAGAGUUGCCAAUUCUUUGCCUGCCAGCUCACGGCCUUCUGGGAAGGUAGCCUUGGGCGAGCUAUUCGUCGACCGUGUCCUGCAGCAUGGUCCGCAGGACGUUGUCCUUUCCGAUGAGUCCGCCGUAUUCACGUCUCCGGAUGAAAAAGUCCCAAGCUGUGGCCUGGCUUUCUUCUCUGAGCAGAAAGUGGCAUCCUUGAACCAAAGGAUUGGCAAUUCUCGGGUCCAGGAUGUUGUCCAGAGACUCGACGAUUUCAUUUUAAACCGUUUGGGUAUCCCAGACGCAUCUUCAUGGCCUCCUAUUCCUUUCCACAAGCCUAUGAAAAGGGAGCGGAUCACUUCCGAAGAGGCCACUGGGUAUAUUCAAGCUUUCUUUGUAAACCUUCACCCAGUAUACCCAUUUCUAGAUCGUGAGGAGUUUGAGGCGCAGGCGUUCGACCCUAAUCUGACGGCAUUCCUGCACCACAAUCCCGUCUUCUCCGCCCUGUAUCACUGUAUUCUAGCUUUGGGUAGCCAAUUUCUCGGAUGCGGAACAUUCGAACCAGGAAAAGGGAGAUCAUGGGAACUUUUCCAGGUGGCUAUAAGCCACAUGUCUGAUAUAAUUAUCCCCCGAGAAUCUAUUGAAAGUGUGCAAGCUUUAGUUGCAAUGUCGAUAUAUGCUAUGAACUCUUGUGCCCUGCAACUUGAUGGGUUUUUUCUCUCUCAUGCCGCCCGUAUGGUCGUUGAACUUCGGUACCACAAGAAUGUCAGCUCAGAGCCCAAGCACCUCAGGGUGUUUUGGGUUAUCUAUGCCUUAGAGAAACAACAAGGCAUGCAUUGCCGCACAUGCUCUAUCAUACCAGACGAAGAUAUCGGUUGUGUGAUUCCGCCAUUCCCAGAGGCACAAUACGAGAACUUCAACUGGUUUGUUUCGCUGAUCCAAAUCGGACGUAUUACGUCUAUUAUCUACACAUCUCUCUUCUCAGUGAGCGCUUCAUUGCGAUCUCGAGAGUCCUCCCAGUCAACCAUUGAGCAGGUCCAUGAAAUGCUCGAGGCAUGGCGCCAAUCUAUCCCCGCUGAGAUCAGACCAGGCAGCGCAGCUCAGUUCCCCGUCUCUGCGCCUCCGAGUACCAACUUGGCCGCGCUCCAUAUACAUUUCAGUUACUAUCACACUAUCAUUGCUCUAGAUCGUCUCUCCCUCUAUCUCAACCGUGACGGCGGGUCCAAAGCACAAUCGAGUAAACAGAGGCUUAUGAGCACUGCGCGAACCGUGAUCGAAUUGACCAAGCACAUCGACAUACAACCUCAAGUUCCAAUGUUCAUACUCGCCGUCCUUCCCGUCUCAGCCGUAUUCAUUCUCUUCGAUCUCGUCAUCCACAACCCAUUUCAUCGCGAGUCCAGAACAAAUCUGUCACUUCUGGAUUCCGCCGCUGGAUACUUUGCGCUUAUGGGGAUCGCCUCCAACCAUUCUAUGCCAGGCAGCAUUAUGCCUGAGUUUACGCACAUUGCCAGAGAGUACUUUUGGAAGGUUCAGCACCAAAAGGGGACGGUGACUGGUAGGAAGAAAUCCGCCGCUGAAGCGCCGCCGGAGGAUAACAAUACCAUGGAGAAACCUGUCGUCGCCCAGGAGGUGAAUAUGAAAGGGUCACCGUCAUAUCUUACCGGAAGCCCUACUUUCCAAAUGGAGCCUCUGAUCCCAUCAACAACAACGGACCCAGGUAUACGGGUAGCCAGAGGCUGCUCCCAUCCAAGCUCUCACACCGGCUCCGUGGACUCCGACUACCUAGAAUACCCAACGCCCAUAGCCUUCGACGCAGCUUCCGAUUUCCAGAUCGGAGAAUCGGUAGAUCUCAGGACGCUCUUUGGGUGGGGGUUCCCAGCCGGCGGCACGUCGAUGAUGACGAUGGACGAAUGGGCGGCUGACCCUAUGAAUUUCGAACCCGCCGCCGGCGUAGGUGAACUUGAGCUUGGUACCGAUUGUGUGGGGCAUAUGCAGGGUACUUAGAUCGGUGAGGAAGUGAAAGUAGGAAAUAGAGUGUGGGUUUGGGUUUGUGAAAGAGGGUUUCGUGAGGGUUUUAUCUUUAAAGAUAUUUCUAUUUCGUUAUUUCUAUAUAUAUAUUUUCUGACUUUUAAAAUAUAGCAAACUGUGUUAUCAAUGCCGUUCUAAUGAUGUCAGCGUUCAAGUGGUGCGUAACCAUGCAAUAUAUACGCAUACCCAGUAGACGUGUAGUGAAAAUAAGGAAAGAAUAAAGAAAGGGAAUGAAAAUACAAAGAGAAAGAAAAAAGGAGAAAGAAAAAGUGAAAAUAAAAGCUCCACCGUUUCUAUCAUGGUUAGUUCCAAACAUUACCCAGCAGAUCCAACACCUGUGAACAUGCAAUCUUUUUAGUCCCAUAUCGCAAAAAGAGGAGGAAGCCUCCAGAAGAAGGAAGGGCGGGGGCGGGGAGAUGAAACAAGAACGACAAACCAAAAAACAAAAGAAACCUCCCUCCAUCCCCCUUCCAUUAACCACGCCACACCCACCUACGCCCGCUUAUGCUCCUUUCCCUUCGGCAUCCUCACAAGCCAAUACAACCCCAUCGCCGCCCCAACAUUAACCACAACAUAAACCCACAACAGCCCAAAAUUCCUCCACACAUCCGCGUAAUAGAUAUCAAAGCGAGACAGGAACUGGUCCGUCGUGGCGACGAUGCAGUACCGGCACGCCUCCACCGCUUCGGCUGGAUUGAGCAGCACGCCCUUGGCGGCGUCCGCGAAGGGUGUCAGGAACUCGCCGCAGGUCAUGUUGGCGGGCGGUAGGAUUUGGAGGAGCUCGGUUUCGGAGCAGGUGACGGUUGUGCCGGCGAGGGCGGCGGCCAUGACGCCGCCGACAAGGUAGGUUGCCGGGGAUACGGGGUGCAUCCAGGUCCAGAAGGAGGGGAAGUUGGCUUUGGGGAUUGUGACGCUGUUGGAGGGGGAAGUAAUGUUAGUGAUAUUUUCGUGAAGGCUAUGUAUGGGAGGACUUGUAUCGAUGGAGAGAAGGGGUUUUUUUCUUUUUUCUUGGAGAGGGGCGGUGGGGGGCUUGCUUACCCGCAAAAGACCAAGCAGAAUAUCCACAAAAGACUCGCAAUGACGCCACCAAUCUCAGCAUUGGGGACCCAGGUAAUGGCGAAGUGAGAGAAUGUGCUUGUGAAUAGCAUGAACAUCCACAAGAAGAGGAAGCAGAGGAAUCCGCGGACGGUCUGGUCAUCAGCCGUUGUGUUCACAACAAACCCGACUGGAUAAUACCAGCAGAAAUAGACCAAGACGGCCAUCAACGUAUUCCAGACGGCUUCAACUAGGAUAUUAGAGAGUACGAAGGCUAUUUAAUGGCGAGCUGUCAGUUGCUAUUUUCACUUUUAU